CAUUUUCGUAACACCAAUGAGCGAGGGUAGAGAGAUUGCCAUAUAAAAUCCCUCAACCCUCGGAAGCUAGGGUUUUGCAUAGCCGCCCAACUGAAGAGCUCAUUCCUUCUCCUCGAUCAGCCGUAACCAUGCCGAAGCAGAUUCACGAGAUCAAGGAUUUUCUAUUGACUGCGAGGAGAAAGGACGCGAGAUCUGUGAAGAUCAAGAGGAGCAAAGAUGUGGUCAAGUUCAAGGUCCGAUGCUCAAAGUAUCUCUACACUUUGUGUGUUCAUGAUGCCGAGAAGGCUGACAAGCUCAAGCAAUCGCUUCCUCCAGGUUUGACCGUCCAAGAUCUUUGAAGCCACAUGAAAAGAGUUGCUUGAUUGUUGCCUUGGCCUUUACCAUCUUCGACGCUGAGUAUAAAUGUUUUAUGGAGCACUUUUAUUUCUUCCUCGGAACAAAUUUUACCUACUGUAAUGUUAGAGAAAACUUGUAAUGAGCAAUUUUUGUGGCAUUUUUUGAAGUUUAUGAGCAAGAUUGGUUUACAGUAAAGCCUUUAAAUGAUUGGUAUGAAUCUCUUAUUACUCGGUAAUUUUAAGGUGGUUA